AUGGAGGGAAAUAGAUAUGUAAUAAAGCAUAAAUAAAAUGGUUUUUUGACCCGGGCAUUGCCUCCUGAAAAUGCAGCUUCGAGCACAUUUUAUUAUAUCCGGCAAGGUUUUGUCAAUCCAGAAAUGGGCAGCUAUGCUAGAAAAGCAAUUCUGGUAAUGUACAGAGCCUAGUCUUAGUUCGCUUUCAGGAUUUUGAUUACCUCGAGGGAAAAGGUAGGCUUAGGUCUGGAAAUGAAAAGCCCCGCAUCGUCUCUAGACAAUGCCUACACCAAUCAGGCAACUUUCGAGCGUGAAACUGAGAAGGCCAUGAAAUUUUCCUUUUUGGCAAGAGUCGACCAGAAAUACCAUUUUAGAGAUUUUUGCAGAAAACCUUCGUUCAACCCAAGCAGCAUAACGCUGAAGUCAUAGCCUUCCUACUCAACACUAAAGCUUACAAGGCAAAGAUGAGAAGGAGUCACAGAACCCUACUUCACAGGUGUCAUGGCGUGAGGCGGUGAAGAAGAGGAAAGGUAGUGCUCGAGCCUAACUCACCAGGUGAAUUUCUAUCCUAAUUCAAACAAGUUCUCCCUGUUGUCGUCGCAAAGACGGUAAAUCCUCUGCAGGUAAUCCUCGGUGAUGCUUUACCAAUAGGCAAGCAAGCCAACCUGCAAUAAGUUUAAGAUAUGUAAUAAAGCGAGACGGUUCGCGGCAAGAAAUAAACACUGAGAAAAUCAGAAUCAGGCUAGAAAAGCUUAUGGAGGGCCUAAACCACGAGUUCAUUAACUUGGAUGUCGUAGUAAAAAAGGUUUCAGAAGGAAUUUAUAACGGCGUCUCUACUUCUCAACUGGAUAAUUUAGCAGCUGAGACCUGUGCUUACAUGAACAUAGUCCACCCGGACUAUUCAUUGUUAGCUGCUCGUGUUGUCGUGUCAAAUCUGCACAAAAUGACUAAAUCAAGCUUCUUUGAAGUGAUCCAUAAUCUGCAUAACAUGACUGACAGCUUGGGCAGACCCGCGCCACUUAUAGCAACUGACGUUUAUGAGUUCAUACAGGCAAACCAAGAAGUACUUGAAGCUGCGAUUGAUUUUAACAGGGACUUCGCGUAUGACUACUUUGGAUUCAAGACUUUGGAGAGAAGCUACUUGUUGAAGAUUGAUGGGAAAAUUGCGGAAAGGCCUCAGCAUAUGCUGAUGAGAGUUUCUUGUGGGAUCCACUUAACCUUUUGAAAUCUAUAACACUUGAAAAAUUUAUAAUGAAUCUCAGUCAAAUUUAUUAAAUUACCAGAUAGCUUGCAUUCUAAACACAAACAUUAAAAUUAAAUUAGAAUUUUUUUUUAAAUAUUGCAAUUGGGAUUUUUUCAGCUCUCAAAAAUUAUUUAAGAUAGAAAUUUAUUGAAUCCUUCUGCGAGAGUCAAAAAGUUUUGUCUGAUCGCAGAAGGGGAAAUUAGGAGAUGUGGAAGCUGCAAUAAACACUUAUAACUUGAUGAGCCAGAAAUGGUUUAUCCAUGGGUCACCAACUUUGUUCAAUUCAGGUACCCCAAACAACCAGAUGUCUUCCUGCUUCUUGCUUACUAUGCAAGAUGAUAGUAUUGAAGGAAUUUAUACCAUUUAUAUCAAUUUAUAUUUUUUUAACACUCAUCUAAUUACUUAUUCUAUAAAAUAAAGCUAUUUAGUCAUAAAACUAUUCGAAAAUAUAGAAAAAAGAUAUACGAAACCCUAAAGCAGUGUGCACUAAUCAGUAAAAGCGCAGGGGGCAUUGGACUCAGCGUUCACAAUAUCAGAGCUGCCUCUUCAUAUAUAAGAGGUACAAAUGGGACUUCUAACGGCUUAGUCCCUAUGCUCAGAGUCUUCAACGACACUGCCAGAUAUGUCGACCAAGGUGGCGGAAAAAGAAAAGGAGCCUUUGCCAUUUACCUAGAGCCUUGGCACGCUGAUAUCUUUGAGUUUCUACUAUUGCGAAGAAAUACCGGCAAAGAGGAACAACGAGCAAGAGACCUGUUUUAUGGACUUUGGAUACCAGAUUUAUUCAUGAAAAGGGUCGAAAGCAACGGAAACUGGACUCUUAUGUGUCCAAAUGAGUGUCCAGGACUUAGCGAUGUCUGGGGGGAAGAAUUCGACGAGCUCUACCUACGCUAUGAAGCUGAAGGAAGAGGCCGAAAAACAAUUAAAGCCCAAACCCUCUGGUCCACCAUCAUUGACAGCCAAACAGAAACUGGCACCCCUUAUAUGCUUUUUAAGGACCAUGUUAACCGUUACUCCAACCAGAAAAACCUUGGCACUAUUAAGUCCAGUAACUUGUGUACAGAAAUAGUCGAGUAUACCUCAAAGGAUGAAAUUGCAGUCUGCAACUUAGCCUCAAUUGCACUGAAUAGAUAUGUGAUUGACAGAAAAGUUUUUGAUUUCCAAAAGCUUUUUGAGGUAACUAAAGUUGUGACCUAUAACUUAAAUAAGAUCAUUGAUAGGAAUUUCUACCCUCUCCCACAGUGCGCCAGGUCUAACUUCAGACACAGGCCAAUUGGUAUCGGUGUACAAGGGCUUGCUGAUGCUUUUUUGCUAUUAAGACUUCCUUUUGAAAGUCCUGAAGCAAUGCAGCUAAACAGAGACAUUUUCGAAACCAUUUAUUUUGCUGCUUUAACAGCUUCAGCUGAGCUUGCUGAGCGACUUGGCCCUUAUGAAACUUAUGAAGGCUCCCCUAUCUCUCAAGGCCUUUUCCAAUUCGACAUGAGAGGGGUCAUUCCUUCUUCUCGCUGGGACUGGGACAGCUUAAGAGCCAAAGUUGCCAAAUUUGGGGUAAGAAACUCCUUAUUGGUGGCCCCAAUGCCAACAGCCUCAACUUCCCAAAUCUUAGGCAACAACGAAAGUUUUGAGCCUUACACUUCCAAUAUCUACACCCGUAGAGUCCUUGCGGGCGAAUUUGUGUGCUUAAACCCACAUCUUGUAAAAGACUUAAUUGAAAGAGGUCAAUGGACUCACAACGUAAAAAACAAAAUCAUAGCAAAUAACGGCUCAGUCCAAGAACUUCAUGAGAUUUCAGCUGAUUUAAGGAAACUUUAUAAGACCAUUUGGGAAGUCCCUCAGAGGACACUUAUUGAUAUGGCAAUCACAAGAAUGCCGUUUAUAGAUCAAAGCCAAAGCUUAAACGUAUUUAUUUCAGAACCCAGCUUCGGGAAGCUUACGUCUCUGCAUUUUUACUGCUGGAAACGAGGCCUGAAAACUGGGAUGUAUUAUAUGAGAUCAAGACCUGCGGCAGACGCUAUCAAGUUUACAGUUGACGUUGAGAAAUUGUUAAUUUCUAGUGGAUUUAACACAAAACUUGCAGAAGACUUUGCAAAUGAUGAAAAUUCAGACCCAAACCAGCCUUUGCAAGAGAAGAAAGGGAAAAGGGUUAGUUCGAACGCAGAAGAAGAAGUUUGUAUUUCAUGCUCUGGUUAA